AUGUCGGGGUCGUACGGAUCCGACGACUACCGCGGCGGGAGAGGUGGCGGGCGCGGGGGAGGACGCGAAGGUGACUGGACUUGCCCUGAUGCAAGCUGCCUUAAUGUGAACUUUGCAAGGAGGACUGAGUGCAAUAAGUGUGGGGCAGUUAACCCAAGUGGAGGUGGAGGUGGUGGUGGUGGCGGGGGGUACGAUAGGUCUGGUGGAGGUGGAGGGUACAGUCGUGGUGGUGGUGAUCAUGGUUCAGGGGGUGGUGGCUACAGCAGAGGUGAUGGGGAUUACAACUCUGGUGGUCGUGAUGGUGGUGCCGGGGGAGCAAGAGGAGGGUACAAUCGUGAUGGUGGGAGCGGCCGUGGUUUUGAUGACCACCGUGGUGGGAGCGGUGGUGGUUAUGGCGGAAGAGGCCAAGAGAACAACCAAGGUGACGGUGGCUAUGGGCAGGCUCCCCCUAAAGGACCUCCAUCCUAUGGCGGUCCUCCAGGUGACUACGCACCGCCCCCAAGUUCCUAUGGAGGCAACAAUGUGUACAGUUCAGACUCUGCAGUGCCACCCCCUAACAGCUAUGGUGGCGGUCGAGGCCCUUACCCACCAAGCUAUGGAGCCCCACCUCCGAAUCCAUAUGGUGGCGGUGCCCCAGGGGGGCAAGGAGGCCUGCCACCUACAUAUGAUGGUGGUUAUGGUGGUCGGUCUGUGCCUGGAGGUGGAGGCGCAGGUGGUGCUCCACCUCCUUAUCAUGGCGGAGGCGGAGGCGGCGGUGGUUAUUCUGCAAAUGCUGCCCCUGAACCUACAAAGGUUAAGCAGUGUGAUGCAAACUGUGAUGAUUCCUGCGACAAUGCAAGGAUUUACAUCUCAAACCUGCCUCCUGAUGUGACUGUUGAGGAACUGCAAGAGCUUUUUGGAGGAAUUGGCCAGGUUGGAAGGAUCAAGCAAAAACGUGGCUACAAAGACCAGUGGCCCUGGAACAUAAAAAUCUACACUGAUGAUUCUGGGAAAGCCAAAGGAGAUGCUUGCCUUGCUUAUGAAGAUCCUUCUGCUGCUCAUUCAGCUGGUGGAUUCUACAACGAUUAUGACAUGAGAGGCCGUAAAAUUAGUGUUGUGAUGGCUGAGAAAUCAGCACCUAGAGCUCCUACAUCUGGUCAUGGAGGCGGACGUGGUGGAGGCGGCGGCUAUGGCGGGGAUAGACGCAGAGAUGGAGGAGGCCAUGGGCCUAACAGAAACCAGGGUGGUGGUUCACGUUCGCGGCCGUACUGA